AUGGGGCGGGAUGUGUUUUCUGAUGGCCAAAGGUUCCUCUACACGCUGAAACCUUUAGAUAAUAAUAAAUUCCCUAAUGACAGUCCCAUUACACUGGCCUUACCGGAGACUGAGGGAGAAAAUGUGAAGCUUAGAUAUAUAAUCAAAUAUGUCGGAACCAUAUCGGCUCAGCCUAUAUUGGAUUACCUGACAAAGGGCCCAGCAAGAACAGAUCAACUUCCCCAAGAUGCCAUCAAUAUGCUCGAUAAUUUAUUGAGGUGGAUAAAUAAGGAUCAAUAUACUCUGAUCAAAAGUGGUCUAUAUAGCGGUAGUGAGCGUAAACCAUUAUUCGUUGUAUUCAAGGGUUUCUCAGUAAGUGCUCGUCCACAAUGGAAACUAAGGCUCAAUGCAGAUUUGACCUUCAAGGCCUUUUUCCCCUCUGGUAAUCUCGCCGAUGUGAUAUAUAGUAUGAAAGGGAAUGAUAUGUACGAUAUUACUGGGAGGAAUUAUUCGAAGCGUCUCAAAGUGUAUGGCUUAUCGCCUAGAAGUGCUCAAGAACAGAUAAUUGAGGAUGCGGGAAUCUCAAUCGCAGCGUACUUCCAAAACAAAUACAACAUUAGAUUAGAAUAUCCCGAACUUCCUUGCGUGAAGACCAAAAAGGACAAGGACGAGUUUAUACCGAUGGAACUCUUGGAAAUUAUGCCUUUCCAAGCUCCAAAUCUAGAACUAAGUGUAAUGGCUCCCGACAUGGUGCGUAUUGCGGCAGUGAAACCCGAUCAACGUUUCAGAGAAAUUAAAGAUUUUAUCAGGACCGCUAUUAGGUGCGUAAAAUUACUAUAA